CUCAUUUAUAAGUGUUCAUCUGUAAAAUUAUUCUGUCGCUCGCUAAAGGUUUAACAACCAAAAGCCAUUGGUUUGCAACGAUUGCUUGCUAAGUUAAUAAACCUGGGGCAAAUGACAGUAGGUAAUGCGCCGGGGCCCCUUGCCAAGGGGCGCCCUGCUCCGCGGGUUCUGCUGGUGGACCUGGACGAUACUCUCUAUCGAGUACACCAGAUACCUGCAAUCGUAAAGCAGAGGAUUCAAGAAUAUAUGGUGAAAAAACUGGGCAUUCCUCAGGAUGAAGUUGCUGCCAAGACGACGGAGCUCUAUUUGGCGUAUGGCACCACGUUAGCGGGGCUGGUGGCGACUGGGUAUCGCAUCGACUACGACGACUGGCAUGAGUUCGUGCACCAGGGGGCCCUGGACUACGACACUCUGCUUCAGCCCGAUCCCUCACUGCGGGAUAUCCUGUGCUCAAUUGACCUGCCCAAGUACAUCCUCACCAAUGCCAACCGUGUGCACACGGAGCGUGCACUGGCGCGGAUGGGCCUGAGCGAUUGCUUCCAGGGCAUGUUUUACUUUGAGAACGUCAUGGAGCUGGCUGCCUCACACGGCUUCGAUGUGGCUCAUGGCGUGCUCUGCAAGCCUAACCCGCGCAUCUACCAGCUAGUGGCAGAGCAGUUGGGCGUGGGGCUGUCCGAGAUCAUAUUCUUCGAUGACUCGACCCGCAAUGUGGCCUCGGCACACGGCCUGGGAUGCAUGACUGUGCUGGUGGGCAGCGACAAGCCGUGCCCAGGCGCCGACCUGUCCCUGCCCACCAUGCACGACUUACCGGCAGCCAUGCCGGAGCUUUUGGAUCAGCCGGGGCUAGUCCAUGAACACCAUAGUAGCAUACCAGGAAUGGCUCAGGAGCAGCAUGCUGCACUGGCGGUGCCAACAGCGGUGGGUGGAGCGGCAGCCGGCAGCUGCAAUGGCAGCGGGAUAGCCGUCAGCGUGCCGGCCUCGUGA